AUGUCACAGCUUUGGGUUGCCUGUGCUGAAGCAGGUCCACUUGCCGCGCUGCCCCCAGGAAGCAUCCAAGGGAUUGCACAGCGUUUCCAUGCCUUCUACCGAGCCUUCAGGUGUUUUCGCAGAGUCCUACGGCAUCAGCACACGACUCUCGAGUCGUACCAUGAAUAUCAACAAACCUGGGACGAAUGCAAUGACUUUCUCCACCACAAUCCAGCAUUCUGUCUCCAAGAUACAUUGCCUCAGACGAACUUGCUGCACGAAAAUGCCUGCUAUGUCUACAACCUCUCCGAUCUGGACCUGCUUGAGAGGCGUCUUGAUAUGCAGCUGCAUAUCAUGAAUGCAAAACUCGAUGAUAUCAUUGUAAAUCUGUUUCUCGUUGUCCUUCGACAAUCUGACAUGCAUCGCAUGCCUCAAGUGAUAAGCACGGAAACUGCUCCUCAAUAUGAAGUCACCCUACCAUCGGCCCUCACACCCGUCGAGAAAAAUACGUGGCCUCUUUUCCGACACCUCAUCGAGCUCCGCGAGGCUCUCAAGAGAAUAAGGGCGCCCCCAUUGAGCUCAGUUCACUGUGAGAAGCUGUGGAUUCUUGUAGUUGCGAGAUUUCGAGACCACGAAUUACCUUUCCAAGGAUCGCAAUUGAUGUUCUCAAGAGACUUCAAGCUCAGCGAUAGAAAAACGCUGCGCGAGUAUUCACAACAAACCUUGAAACAACGACAGUCCAGUUACCGUACCCAGAAACCCUCUCCAUACCUGAGACGACGUGUUUAUACUCAUGAAAAUGAUGGGUCCUUGGCAACUCUACAACCUCAUUCUCUCGAAGAGGAGGAGUUCCUCCAUUCAGUGGACAUUGUCACUUACCUGGGAAACCGGUGCAUAGUCAGUACCAGAAUUGAUAAGGAAUGGGGAUUUGUACAGCAUCUUCCUCCGAUCAGUGAGAUCCACCCCUAUACUAAGCACGAGCGUUUUCGGGCGCCUCAAAUUCGCCUCUAUGAAGCCUGCAAUGUCGAGGAAGUUGAUGGUGCCGAGUUGUGGCGACACAAAGGACGCAAACCGUCAUAUAGCUUUGAAUCCAAGUUUGAUGCAAUUGCUUUUCAAUGUGCACUCCGAGGCAAGGUUUUGAUGCAUACGUUCCAUGUCGAGGACAUUACUUCUGAAAGGGGCUCAGAAAGUACCGCUCAGCCAUUGAAGUUAUGGUCUGAUCUCGACGGCCGAAAUCAAUCAAUCUCCUUCUUGGUCCAAAAAAGCAAACCAUACUAUCACAUCGAGGUCCCUCUGCGGCUUCUUGCUAAUUCAAUCCACACAAGUGAUGCGGGAAUGAAGAUUCGCGUUGACUUUGCUUCUCAGAAACCUAAGAAAAAACGGAACUCAACGGGCAAGACCGGUCUUUUGAGGCGUUUUAGUGACUUGCUUCGUCACUCACCACCUGAUACAGAACAAGCAAUUACAAGAAGAGACUCACGGCAGGAAAUUACAGACACCUUUGCUGAAGAUGAUCUGCCAAUACAAAACACUCAAUUUUUACUUUCCCUUAGCCACCUACGAUUUGAAUUCUCCUCUCUCGAGGAUGGAAAAUUGUUCCAGGAAGCGUUGGAGGGUUUCUUCUCGGAAACUCGUGAGACAGAGCCAUCCUCUGGCCAACCCAUUUCAAUUUCGCGCGAAAAUUCAGAAGGCCCCAGAUCACCGUCGACUGUAGUUGUCUCUGAGCCUAAUCCUCACCCUCAGGUACCACCCAGGAGGCAAUCUCUCAACAAUAACUUAGAUCCACUGAAUUUGGACGACGCUUUGCUACCAGGAAUCUUGCAUGGCGGAUCUAAUGGUGCUCAUGGUCAUAAUACUGAAUCCGCUCCUUUGCUUGAGAAUCCACCUUCACCACAGGUUACCAAGGACUUGGACUAUCGAGUGCGAGGAAUUAGGCUUGAGUAUGCCGUCCCCGAUUUACUUACAUAUCUCGGUCGAAAACUUGGUAUUGAGCCGACCGUCGUGGGGCGCGUCAAAGCUCUGGCCACAAGCCAGACAGGUGAUAAGGUGGCAGUGGUAGCUUGGAGGCCUCAACCAGCAUGCUUGUCGACCCCUGGGAAGGAUGAAUGGGACUUCGGGCCCACCUCUGACGAUGACGAUUUACACAUCACCGUCGAUACCCAUUUCCGUGGAGUAACCAUUCUUUACUCUCCAUCUCCGGAUGUACCUCACACGAUCGAUAUAUGCGCCAUUGCUGGUCUUGGAGGCCAUGCUUGGGGAUCUUUCAAAUACAAGGGUGUAUCUCAGUCUUUUAUGUGGGUGCUAGAUGGCCUCCGAGACCGUCUUCGGAACGCUAGGUUGAUGACCUAUGGGUCCAAAACACGGCUUGAUGGGAACGAGUCUUCACAAACAUUGGAAGAUUUGGGUAAGCUUCUACGGGAUGAGAUGCGAAGUGUCACAAAGCGUCGGGCCCAGUCGGUUUUAAGUUCUACAUCAUCUCACCUUGGAACGGCCUUCGCCGUUCCUUCGUACUUCAUCGCUCACAGUCUUGGAGGACUGACCGUGAAAGAGGCACUGUUACAGGAAAAGAAGAACCCAGAGCCCGGGACCUUUAUCAGCAACCUCCAGGGUGCUCUCUUCUUCGGCGUACCCAGCCACGGCAUGCAUGUCGAAGUUUUGGAAGGGAUGAUCCGAGGCCAACCCAACGAAUUCCUUGUCAAGUCCAUCAUGUAUGAGUCACCAACAUUACAAGACCUCAGCCGGAGGUUCAAAUCGGAUUUCGAAGGGAAAAAGCCGAAGAUCAUAUACUUUUACGAGAUGGAGCCUUCUUUCUCGCCGGAAAAGAAUGCAGAUGGACAGUGGAAGAUGACAGGUAAACCGAAGAAGAUGCUCGUCGAUCGCGGUUCUGCUACAGAUGGUGAAGUUUGGGGUGCGGGUCACGUCAAUACACAUCCUCUGAAUCGCAACCACUCAGAUCUGGUCAAGUUCAGCAGUCCAAACGACGCAGAUUUCCUGCGUGUACUGACUGAGCUGAAGGAGUUAGUGGGAUAUGUAGAGAUCGGAGAGGAGGACUGA